AUGUAUGCUAGUCGAGAGGAUGUUGGAUAUGAUUUUGGAGAUGACUCAAAAGUUGGACGUAAACCAGUUAAGCCUAAUCCAAACAUUGAUGGAGGAUGGGCUUGGAUGAUUGUAUUUUCCUCUUUCCUUGUGCACAUACUUAUCAUGGGGUCCCAAAUGGCCCUUGGAAUACUCAACAUAGAGUGGCUUGAAGAGUUUAAUCAAGGUCGUGGCUUAACAGCAUGGGUUAGCUCCCUCAGCAUGGGCAUUACACUUAUUGUAGGUCCUUUCAUUGGUUUGUUCAUUGGCAUGUGUGGGUGCCGCAAGACAGCGAUAAUGGGAGGGAUGUUGAAUGCCCUAGGGUGGAUACUGAGUGCCUAUGCCUCAGGUGUGCACUACCUCUUCCUUACAUUUGGAGUAACAGCCGGCAUUGGAAGUGGCAUGGUUUAUCUGCCUGCAGUGGUCAUGGUGGGGCAGUAUUUCCAGAAGAGAAAAGCACUUGCACAAGGACUCAGCACCACAGGAACUGGGUUUGGAGCUUUCUUAAUGACUGCCUUAAUGAAGUACCUCUGUAUUGAAUUUGGGUGGAGGAAUGCUAUGUUCAUCCAGGGUGCCAUCUCUUUGAAUCUUUGUGUCUGCGGGGCACUUAUGAGACCACUCUCUCCCAAAGACAUUGUUAGUGAAAAACAUGUUUUGAGAAGUAAUAGUGAAGGUAAUCAUGCAAAAGCUUUGUCCCAUUCUGCGGAGACUAUAAAAUCCAGCGGAGUCCUUAGCGAAGAACUGGAAAAAAAAGAAACAGCAAAGGAAGAAGUUCUUGACAGUGUCCAGCACAUAGAGACUGGAAGUAAAUCUCAAAGUGAGAGGAGUGUGUAUGGACUGUGCAUUCUUAAGACAGUGAGCCAAGUGAUGGUUACAGUCAGGAAGGGCUUUGCCAUAUGGUACUCCAGCUACUUCGGAGCUUCAUCACUGUUUACCAAUAGAGUAUUUGUGGCCUUUAUAAUUUGGGCUUUGUUUGCCUAUAGCAGUUUUGUCAUCCCCUUCAUUCAUCUUCCAGAAAUAGUCAAGCAGUACAAUCUACCUAGUCAGAAUAAUAUAUUUCCUUUGACAUCCAUUAUAGCCAUUGUUCAUAUUUUUGGUAAAGUGAUCCUUGGAAUAAUCUCUGAUCUCCCGUGCAUCAGUACGUGGAAUGUCUUCCUUAUGGCUAAUUUUACCCUGGUCACUUGCAUUCUUACUUUGCCACUAAUGCAAACAUAUGUUAGCUUGGCUGUGGUUUGUGCUCUGAUUGGAUUUUCUAGUGGCUAUUUUUCACUAAUGCCUGUUGUGACUGAAGAUUUAGUUGGAACUAAACACCUUGCAAAUGCCUAUGGCAUCAUCAUUUGUGCCAAUGGAAUAUCUGCAUUGUUUGGACCACCCUUUGCAGGUUGGAUCUAUGACAUCACACAUAAAUAUGAUUUUUCUUUUUACAUAUCUGGCUUGCUAUACAUGGUGGGAAUAAUACUUUUACUUAUACAACCUUGUAUUCAAAAGAAACAAACAAGAGAAAAACCUGCAGAAGGAGCAGAAGUAUAG